GGCGAUCGUGCCUGCCCAACCCACUUCGAUUCUCGCACCGACUCUCAACCAUGGCCCAGACAGAGUACCCCCCGUUCGAAACCAAGGGCAUGCCCUUCCGCAAGCUCGGCCCCAGUGGCCUCCGUGUCCCCCUUCUCUCGCUCGGCGGAUGGCUCACCAUUGGGGGUUCCGUGACGGGAGAUCCGGUCAAGGAGAUCAUCCAGACGGCGUUUGAGAAUGGCAUCAAUAUGUUCGACACCGCCGAGGUCUACGCCAGGGGCAAAUCCGAGCUGGAAAUGGGACGCGUGUUCAAGGAGCUCGGGUACAAGCGGUCUGAUCUCAUCAUCUCCACCAAGCUCUACUGGGGAGCGCGCGGCGGCCCGAACGACAACGGGCUUUCCCGCAAGCACAUCAUCGAGGGCAUGCAGGAGUCGCUCGCGCGGCUGCAGAUGGACUACGUCGACAUCGUCUUCGCCCACCGUCCCGACCGCACUGUUCCGAUGGAGGAGACCGUGCGCGCGUUCAACUACGUCAUCGAAAAGGGGUGGGCGUUCUACUGGGGUACCUCCGAAUGGAGUGCCGGCGAGAUCGAGGAGGCUUACCAUGUGGCUUCCAAGCUGAAUCUCAUCGCGCCCAUUGCCGAGCAGCUGCAGCACAAUAUGUUCCACCGUGAGCGUCCGGAGAAGGAAUUCGCUGGCCUGUACCGCAAAUACCAGUAUGGCACCACCAUCUGGUCGCCUCUCGCCUCUGGUCUGCUCACUGGCAAAUACAACAACGGCAUCCCUCCUGAUUCGCGAUUCGCUCGCGAGUCCAUGUUCCAGAACCGGGUGGACAAUCUCCAGAAGAACGAGGGUCUUGCACAGAUUGAGAAGGUCAAGCAGCUAACCAAGAUCGCCGAAAGCUUGGACUCGACGCCGACUGCUCUUGCCCUCGCCUGGCUUGCCAAGAACCCAAACACGUCCACCAUCAUCCUCGGAGUCACCUCCGUUCCCCAACUCAUGCAGAACUUGGAGGCGCUCAAGCUUCUCCCGAAGCUGACUGAGAAGCACCUGGAUGAGAUUGAGGAGAUUCUCCAGAACCAGCCCGAGGCUAACCCUCCCUACGGACGGGCUCCUCUAGACCCCAACGGUCGCCCUUUCCUCGAUGUCUACAGGCGGUAAACGUCGAACAGUCUAGAUAGAGCUCUUGUGGCUAGAAUUAGAAAUGAUCGUCCAUUCACCUUCCUUAAGAGGCAUAUCAGUUUCCAUUUCGGGAUGACGUGAUUCUAAGUCACUUGCGCUG